CCUGGGUUCAAAUCCCAGCCAGGGCCUUUCCGUGUGGAGUUUGCAUGUUCUCCCAAUGUCAGCGUGGGUUUCCUCUGGGUACUCUGGUUUCCUCCCACAGUCCAAAAACAUGCAGGUCAGCUAAUUGGAGUCUCUAAAUUGUCCAUGGGUAUGAGUAUGUGAGGAAUGGUGGGCCCUGCAAUAGAUUGGGAACCUGUUCAAGGCGUAUUCCUGCCUCUCACCCAAUGCAUGCUGGGAUAGGCUCCAGCACCCCCUGUGACCCUGACCAGAAUAAGCGGGUAUAGAUAAUGGAUGGAAAUUUACUGUGAACACUUUCAUAUUAUACUCCAAUAAGGACAAUAUAUAUUUUUUUAAACUUGGAUGAAAUUCCCCAUUAACUGUUCUGUGAUGUACUGCUUUGGUCUUAGAUUUAUAAUCAUGGUGAAAAUCCAUCUACUGUACUGUACGUGUAGAUUUAUAAUUAAAAAUCAGACUCGCUGAAAUGUCUGUACUUUGCUAUUUUAAUCAGCUUUGGUUUUUGCUACAAUGUAUUUUUUGCAAUGGAAAUAUAACAAUAAACAGAGUAUUCCUUCAGGGUCAGAUACUCUGUAGGGCUUAUUUACAGUAUGACCUAGCCAAUGGGCUCAAGUUGUUUACUGAUCUCCUUUGAAGAACAGUCCUCCCAUGAUGUUUUUUCUAAGUGGACAUGCCUCCCACGUCACUCCUCAGAAAAUAUUUAAAGGCCAGUGCAUUAAUAUUUUUCAUUAUGUGCUCCAACUGUCUCUCGACAGGAUACGGUAAUAUUAUUCUUUCUGCUGUAUGUAUAUAUUAUAUCUUUAUACUUUAAAACUAAGUGCAUGGAUACAUUAAAAAGCUGUUACUCCAAUAGUUGUCAUGUUGGUUUUGAUAAUAAGAUGUCUGUUAAUAAUACUUUUGUAUUGCUUUUUUAUUCAUGGCGAAAUUUGAAGACAUUUUUUGAGAUUGAUUGUUCUGAAUAUGGAAACUCAAGUGAACAGGUCAUCAUGCUGAGCAUGGAAUAUACUUUUGAACAGACGAUGGAGAACUCUUCCCAGGUCACCUUCUUCGUUCUCGCUGCAUAUGAUGACGUUGGACACAUGAAGUACUUUUAUUUUAGCAUUAUAAUUGUAUUGUACAUUUCAAUCAUCGUUGCAAACUCGCUGCUUAUUAUAGUGAUCUUUGUUGACAGAAAUCUGCAUGAACCAAUGUAUUUGUUUGUGUGCAAUCUCUCUGUUAAUGAAUUGUACGGAAGCACUGCUUUGCUCCCUAUGUUGCUGGUGAAUUUGCUAUCGGAUGUCCAUGAAAUUCAAAGAGAUUAUUGUAUUUUCCAAAUUUUCUGCCUGUACACAUACGGCUCAGUAGAAUUUUGCAACUUAGCUGUCAUGGCAUAUGACCGAUAUGUGUCCAUCUGUCAUCCUUUGGAGUAUCACAGAAUGAUGACUUUGGGCAAAGUGUGCUUGUACAUCUUGUGUGUCUGGAUUUAUUCGUUCUGCAAAUUCGUCAUCACUCUCUCCUUAAGCGUGAGGUUACAGUUAUGCGGCAAUGUCAUGAACAAAGUGUACUGCGAUAACUAUUUGUUGGUCAAGCUUGCCUGUUCUGACACCACGUUGAACAAUGUUUUUGGACUGGUAAUGGUGUUUCUGUCCGUGACCUUACCGUUUGUUCUCAUACUGUACUCAUACGCGAAGAUUCUGAAAAUCUGCUUCAAAUCCUCCAGUGCCCGGGCCAAAGCGUUAAACACAUGCACUCCACAUUUAGUGUCGCUGGCAAAUUUUUCAUUCGGCUGCUUUUUUGAGCUGCUCAGCUCCCGAUCUACUACGGCAGCCAUCGCCUCACCGGGCCGUCAGAUAUUAUCAGUGUAUUUUCUGGUGUUGCCCCCUUUCCUAAAUCCAAUUAUUUACGGAGUUAGGACAGAAAAAGUGAGAAAGGCAUUUAAAAAACUGCUGUUGAGCCCCUCGUAGCCUCUCAUUUAAUGAAAUCUAAGCGGAAAUUGCCUCAGUUGCAUUAAUAUCAUGCCAGUGUGUAAGCCACAAUUAAAGAUAAUGUGACCAUAAACCUUUCAAAAGGAACU